UCACUUCUUCUGUUCUCUUUUACCAUCAUGGCUUUCACUGGGAAAUAUGAGCUGGAGAGUCAAGAGAACUACGAGGAGUUUCUGGAAGCAAUUGGGCUUCUCAAUGCCAAGACAGACCACAAAGUGGUAACAGAGGUGCUUCAGGAUGGGAACAACUUCACCUGGACACAAACAAUCCCAAACUGGGCCUGGUCCAAUAAGUUCACCAUUGGGCAGGAAUGUGAGCUGGCAACAAUGAUGGGCUCCAAAUUCAAGACUGCUGUCACUUUGGAAAAUGGCAAGAUUUCAAUAAAGUUUCCUCAGUACCUCUUCACAGCAGAGAUCAUUGAAGAUAAGCUUGUAAUGAUUUGCGUAACUUCCGGAGAUAAGGGUGUGACUUUCAAAAGAGUUAACAAGAGGAUCUAA